AUGACCGACCAAUUCGUAGUGCAUAAAUUCGGUGGUACCUCCGUAGGCAGUGCUGAAUGCUUUAUUAAAGUAGCAACCAUUGUCUCGGCAUUGGAGGCUCCACGUGUGGCAGUGGUAGUGUCGGCUAUCGGUGGUAAGCCAAAGGUCACGGAUCUGCUCAUUUCGCUCCUUGAAUUGGCCAAACAACGCCAAACCAUUGAGUGUAACGAGAUUCUAGCCACAAUUCGCAAGAAACAUCAUGAUGUACUGAGUGCACUACUGCCCCCAGAAGUAGGAGAACCCAUUGUGAAAGCCAUUGAACGUGAUUUGCAGUCCGUUUCAGAGCUACUGCGCUCCAUCUCCAUCAUGCAGACUUAUAACGAAAACGUGAUGGAAUUUAUCUCUGGCCACGGUGAAGUCUGGUCGGCUAAAGUCCUUACUGCUGUGCUGAAUGAGAAGGCUCAGCAGGACGGCAAGAAGCACCACUUUUCCUUCGUCGAUGCCCGUGAUUUCUUGACAGUCGAGCCGGAUACUGAGCACGGACCCAUGGUACAGUACGACCUGUCGAUGCAAAAGAUGCAGGAAAUUGUCAACAACGGAGAGAAUGAGGAACUCACGCACCUCGUCGUCACGGGUUUCAUCUGCAGUACAGUCGAGGGUGUUAUGACAACGCUCAAGCGCGACGGUAGUGACUUUACAGCUUCGAUCUGUGGUCGUGUACUGCACGCCAGCAGUGUCACCAUUUGGACAGAUGUAAGCGGUGUACUGAGUGCAGACCCCCGUCGUGUGCCCGAGUCGCGAAUUUUGCCCGAGAUAUCGUACCAGGAGGCCAUGGAACUGGCCUACUUUGGUGCCAAGGUCAUUCACCCGAAGACCAUGACACCUGCCAUUGUCGAGGAUAUCCCCAUUUACAUUCGGAAUACGUUUGACCCACAACACCCUGGCACAAAGAUUUCACAUCGUAAGAAGGUGGAGUUUAAGCGCUCCAUGUCGAAUGGCGCCCCUACAGCACGUAACAUUGUGAGCGGGUUUUCCACUGUGGAUGACUUGGCACUGUUUAACAUUGAAGGGAGCGGUAUGGUUGGCGUACACGGUACGUCGUCACGGUUAUUUAGCGCGCUGGACCGCGUGAAAGUGAACGUUGUGCUCAUUGCACAGGCUAGUUCAGAGCACUCGAUCUGUUUCGCGGUGCCCAUGGACUGCGCUGAGGUGGCGAAGGACGUUAUUAACGAGACUUUCUUCAAAGAGAUCCACGUAGGACACAUCGAUAAAGCCGAGUACAUUGCGCCCAUUAGUAUCAUUGCUGCCGUGGGUGACCAGAUGAAUCAGACUCCUGGUGUAUGCGCCCGUUUCUUCAGUGCGCUCGGUCGCGCCAAGAUUAACGUGCUGGCAAUCUCACAGGGAUCGUCGGAGCGCAAUAUUUCAGCCGUUGUGCAUUACCAGGAUUCAGCUGCUGCUCUGCGUUCCGUGCACUCGUCGUUUUUCCUGUCGGACCAAACUCUUUCCAUCGGUCUGACGGGACUCGAGUUCGACGAAGACGAGACUAAAAGCAUUGGUGUAGCACUGCUGAGGCAGUACCACCAACAGCGCGAUUUUUUAAAGCAACGCUUCAACGUAGAUAUCCGUGUUCGUGCUAUCGGCACACACGUAUCGUCGCAAAUGCUACUGGACGUCGAAGGUGACAUCACUGAAGAGGCCUUAGCAACCCGAAAGAACGAGUUCGUGCCUUUUGAUCGGAACAAAUUUUUGAACCAUGUGUGUGCAGACCAUCUCCCCCACUGGCUUAUUGUCGAUGUUUCCAACAGCUUCCACCACGUCAAGGACUUGUACCCGCAGUGGCUAACACGCAAGGUGCACGUCAUAACUUCCAACAUCAAUGUUUCUUCAUCCACGACGGAGCAGCACAACGCCCUGCAGAAGAUGGCGAUUGAAAACGAGCUAACCUACGACCCCGAGGCUACGCUAGCCAUGGGUGUCCCCAUUUUCAACACGAUUCAGAACUUCAUACAGACGGGCGAUGACAUUCAGCGCGUAGAGUACACAGGAAGCCGCUUUUUGCACGCUGUGUUUGACGCCGUGUUCGUGUUACCCGACCCAGCUAAGGCUAACCUAGAAGCCAUCAUGAGGGAUGUUAUGACACAGUACAAGAACGAGUUCAGCGUGCGCGAUAUCGUGGACGACGUAAUGGGCGUGCGUAGCGCCAAGAAGGCAAUCUUGAUUGCUCGUGAGAUGGGCUACGACAUCGAAAUGAAAGACGUCAGCAUUGAAAGCCCAUGGGAGGCGAGCGCCACGGUGGCAGGCAGCCAAGACGAGGUUGGUGACUGGAGCUACGAUUACCUUUUGGAGCACUUGCUUAGAGCAAACAAUCCUUUGAAGCAGCAGAUUGCCAAGGUAGCAGCAGAUCUGAAACAGGCGCUGCAAUUACGCCAGAUGACUUAUAUCGAUGCCAGCACUGGCACGAUCUCUGUGCGGGUAGAGGCCUUGCCCCCGACGCACCCCCUUGCUUCGCUCAAAUGCCGUCAGGGUGGCUUUGCGUUCUACACACUUCGGCAUUCGCUGCAUCCCGUGGUGGUUACAGGCCCCAUCGCAGACUGCUCAAUCACAGCGGGUUCACUCUUUGGUAGCACACUGUUCCUGGCACGGAAUUGCGGUGCACGCGCCCACACCUGCGGCCCAAAGCCGUGCAAGCUGAAGUAG